AUGAAUUGGAGGGGGGUCAACGGCAAGACUGCCCUGGCCACCCUGCAUUUGCGCAAGGUUGUCGUCGGUGCUGUGCGUAAAAACCCGAUUAUAGGGUUUACAACCGAGGCAGAGGUGGAGGACAAGAUUAAAAGAUGGCUCCAACUGAGUGCAGACAGGGAGGGGGGUAGAAAGAGAAGGCUGCUUGCUAAGGAGGGAUUAGGGCUGUAA